AUGUGGUUCGGGCAGCUGGUCAUCGGGCCGCCCGGCUCCGGGAAGUCCACGUACGUGGCGGGGGUGGAGCACAUACUGAGGCAGAUAAACCGGAAGCUAGUGCUCAUCAAUUUGGACCCCUUUGUGGAGAAUGACGUGUACAAAGCAGACGUCAACAUCAGCGACCUUGUAGAUAUAAAAAAGGUCUUCUGCGAUUUGGGCUUAGGGCCAAAUGGCACUCUCAUAUACUGCAUGGAGUAUUUGCUAAUAAAUUUUGACUGGCUUGAGGAAAAACUAAAAGAACACAAGGACCACUACCUACUUAUAGACACCCCUGGGCAAGUGGAGCUGUAUACACAUAACGACGCGUUGAGAAAAAUUGUGGAGAAAAUGACUAAAAUGAAUUGCAGACUAACUUCAGUUCAUAUAGUAGAUAGCACUCUAUGCUCCGAUAACUAUAAAUACGUUAGUGCACUACUGCUAUCCCUAUGUAGUCAGAUUCACUUGGAGUUACCCCAUGUGAAUGUAUUCUCCAAAAUUGACUUGUUAAAAUAUUUUAGGGAUGACUUAAAUUUCCCUCUGAGUUACUACGUAGAAGCGCAGAACUUGGAGCAACUCAUGUUGUACGCGCGCUACCAGAAUGAGUCAUCGUCCGGCUCGGAGGGUGUAAAUAUGGGAGACGAUUCACCAAGCGGCUCCUUAAAUGACCGAAGCAGCUGUGCCCAGAGCGCCAUCAAACAAGCCAUACGAAAUGACAUAAACUCUGGGAGGAUAAAAAAUGUCAGGAAAAACUACAAGAAAUUUUCUAACAAAUUUUUGAAGCUAAAUGAGUACAUUUGCGAAACGGUGGAAGAUUACAAUAUGAUUAAUUUUGCCCUUUUAGAUAUACAAGACAAAUAUAGUGUGCUUAAGUUGCUCAAAAUCAUCGAUGGGGCUAAUGGCUUUCGCUUCAGCUCCAUCUACUCGGAGUACUCUCUCUUUGACACGUACGCUGAGGCCAUUGAGUAUGACUGUGAUGAUAUUCAAGAAAAAAUCGUCGACGUUUCGGAUGAAGAAAAAGAGGCGUCCCUAUCUGGGCACCCCCCUCAUGGGUGA